AUCAUUAUCUAUCUCCUUGUCGGUUGAUCGGUCCACUCGGUCCGUUGUCGCAUUGCGUCUGCAUCGAAUAUUCACUAUCUUCGUACACGAGUCGCCUUGUCGCAUCCCACAACGAAUAAAUGAAUUGAUCUUGUCACUGUCACUGCGGAACAUUACUCAAGGUUAAAUAAACUUAUUACACUUCACGCACUUUCCCAGCAUUAGGCACCUGUCACCUGUUGCCUCCCGUUGCCCACCUAUCUCCCUUACCUGAGGAACCUAAUUCUACCGUUAUCGCUCCUGGGGUUUGUCGAUCCAUUAAACAACUGGGGUCAUCGGUCCGCGAGGCAUGAGUGGCAGUUCGAAUCAGUCUACCCGUACGAGUCCUGGGUCUUUUAGUACCACUCAUCGCACGCCGUCCGUAUCUUCGGGCGCGUCGCCUCCUUAUCAGUCGCUCCAAUCCUCCCAGGCGCCUGCAACGGCCCAGAAUGCGAUGUCGACUGACGUGUAUAAUCCAUCCACAUCGCAAGCAUCAACGUCACUAGGUCCCACCUUCUCCUAUCCAUUCACAUCCCUCGGCCCAUCCUCUCCCUUCGAUAACGUUCCUCCCACCACCAUGCGCAUAAGCGAUACUGAUCGCUCGGCGCAGAGCCUCAAUGGCUUUAUCCGUCCCGGAACCGGCGGCGCGAUCUUGAUGCGAAAACUUCCAAAAAACACUAGUCUCGAGUUGUUGCGCAGCAUGCUCCUCUUUGCCAAAGAUCUUGUGGAUAUUGAGUUUGAGCUGAACAUCCCUCCAGAAGACAACGGGUAUGUGAGCGCAGUCGCACUAUUUAGUACGGUCGCGGCAGCGGAAGAGGCGCGGGCUUUACUCGAUGGCAAACCGAAUUCGAACAACGAUGCCAAUAUGAUCGUGGAAAUGUACAACGGCCCUGUUGGCUCAACCCUGGGGCCCAGGCGCAAUACCAUUGACCACACCGCGGCGCGUAGUCUGCUAGGGGGCGUUACAUCUAACGGACACUUGUCGCGGCACUCAUCGCGCUUUAACGGUACGUUUCAAAGCCUCGAAAAACUGACAGUGGCAAACGCAUCCAAUUCAUCGGCGAGCGAUGCUCUACCGGAAUCAAGUUCCCGAAUCCACAGCCUUUUCUCCCCCCAGUCACCCAUAGGAAAUGGCGUCCAUGAUUUGCCGCGUGUUAGUGGCAAGUCGAUGAUUGAUCAGGAUCUCGACGAAGACACCGGCGAACUUCUCAAGGAUCCUGUGGGCUAUGCAGAGAACGGACACUCCGGCUCCGUUUCCAUUCCUCGUCGGUCCACCAAUCCCCAGUUCCCCACCAACCAGUUUGCCAACCUGUCGUUGGCGACGAACUUGUCCUCGCCACCGUUACCGAACUAUACACCUGGGGGACCGGCACAUAUGGGGAUUCCCACGCCUUCGUCCACCUAUCCCCAGUCGAUGGCCAACAAUAUGAGUGGCAACCAUGGGCUCCCUUACGGCAAUCCGCAUACUCCUCGUCACAGCUUGCCUGCCGCGAACCCGAAUGACAUGAACCCGCCCUGUAACACUCUAUAUGUGGGCAAUCUACCCCCGGACGCGUCGGAAGAAGAGUUGAAAGCUUUGUUCAUGAAGCAACGCGGGUACAAGCGCCUGUGCUUCCGCAACAAGCAAAAUGGCCCAAUGUGUUUCGUUGAAUUUGAGGAUGUGGGCACGGCCGGCAAGUCCUUGAACGAACUAUAUGGCUACAAACUUUCGAAUAGUAUCAAGACCGGUAUUCGCCUUAGUUUUUCGAAGAACCCGCUCGGAGUCCGCUCUGGACAGCCGGGUUCCAUGAGUGCAUCUAAUAAUAUGGCAUCGCAAGGCGCGGUCCCCGGAGGCAGCAGCCUUUCUGGCAUGCACAAUCAUAUGUUCUCGACGGUUAGCGGACCUCCUCCAGGUCUUUCGGCCCCCCCAGGCCUAGCUCCGCCGCCACUGCCGUUGCGAAAUAACGGAGCCGUGCAUCCGUCUGGGCAUCCCCACGCGCCAGUACCGAACAACGGCUCUUUCCACCCAAAUACUGGCCUAGGGAUUCGGACAAACCAUGUGAAUUCCAUGAUGUCCUCUACCACUCCACUUUCCGGAGGGGUUUCUGGCGGUGGUUCAGGACCAAAUAUGGGAAGCUUUAAUUCUUAUUAUCCCGAUUACAUGAUGGGUCGGUAGAAAGAUGCAGCAUAUCGUGGAGAUAAUGUCCGACACGUUUGAUGACGAUCACUGGGUUUCUGGCGUAUUGGGGAUUUUAAUUGUUACAUGAGCUAGAUUAGCAUUUGGAGGCUCCCCUUCCUCCUGGGAGUAAGGAAUAUGGGG